GGUGACCAACUACUUGUUUUUCUGUUCUGUCAGAGAUAAUCCGGUACCCAGAGGCUUCGGCAUUGAUGUCUUCCCUUCUCUAUGACGUUUCUGGUGUCCACCGCAGGAGUCUCCUUGGCCAGCCUUGAAACACUUGGAAAUUAAACAGAGAAUCCACUGCAUAUAUUCUUGAAAAUUUCCAUUGUAUAUGUUCAUAACUUUCCGAAUAAGCAUAAAGACUUGAAGGUGCUAACAAGCAGGGAAGAAGCCAAAAGGACAGCUGGCAGGGGAGGAGAGGCCAUGGAGUAUCCACCAACCGGAUAAUCAUCGCUGCAAUAAUUGGCAAGUGUCUGAAUGUAGGCUGCAGAAGUCCUGAAGGUUGAUGGAGGGCCAUGCUAUUCAAACAGCAGGCGUGGCUGAGACAGAAGCUCCUGGUGCUGGGAAGCCUUGCCGUUGGGAGUCUCCUGUAUCUAGUCGCCAGAGUUGGGAGCUUGGAUAGGCUACAACCCAUUUGCCCCAUUGAAGGCCGAUUCGGAGCCCGCAGUCAGGCUGAAUUCCCUCUCCGAGCCCUGCAGUUUAAGCGUGGCCUGCUGCACGAGUUCCGGAAGGGCAACACUUCCAAGGAGCAGGUUCGCCUUCAUGACCUGGUCCAGCAACUCCCCAAGGCCAUUAUCAUUGGGGUGAGGAAAGGAGGCACAAGAGCCCUGCUUGAGAUGCUGAACCUCCACCCGGCAGUGGUCAAAGCCUCCCAAGAAAUCCACUUUUUUGACAAUGAUGAGAAUUAUGCCAAGGGCAUUGAGUGGUAUAGGAAAAAGAUGCCUUUUUCCUACCCUCAGCAAAUCACAAUUGAAAAAAGCCCAGCAUAUUUUAUCACAGAGGAGGUUCCAGAAAGGAUUUACAAAAUGAACUCAUCCAUCAAGUUGUUGAUCAUUGUCAGGGAGCCCACCACAAGAGCUAUUUCUGAUUAUACUCAGGUGCUGGAGGGGAAGGAGAGGAAGAACAAAACUUAUUACAAGUUUGAGAAGCUGGCGAUAGACCCUAAUACCUGCGAAGUGAACACAAAAUACAAGGCAGUGAGAACCAGCAUCUACACCAAACAUCUGGAAAGGUGGUUGAAAUACUUUCCAAUUGAGCAAUUUCACAUUGUCGAUGGAGAUCGCCUCAUCUCGGAACCUCUACCAGAACUUCAGCUCGUGGAGAAGUUCCUGAAUCUUCCCCCAAGAAUAAGUCAGUACAAUUUAUAUUUCAAUGCUACCAGAGGGUUUUACUGCUUGCGAUUUAACAUUAUCUUUAAUAAGUGCCUGGCGGGCAGCAAGGGGCGCAUUCAUCCAGAGGUUGAUCCCUCUGUCAUUACCAAAUUGCGCAAAUUCUUUCAUCCUUUUAAUCAAAAAUUUUACCAGAUCACUGGAAGGACAUUGAACUGGCCCUAAAAUAAUAAGUCAUACGACGCUAUGUGUUGUGCCUGGAGACAUACAAUGUCUCCUCUAGAUUAAAAUAUGCACUUUUCCUAGACACAACUAUCCAAGUCAUUUUUCCAUGUAUACUUGUACAUAUGCAGUGUGUGGCCAAAUAUAAGAUCAGUUCUUUUUCUACUGAAAAUUUACAAAAAACAAUUUGCUGUCUGCGUAGUUGCAUCUUUUAAGCUAUUUACAAAAAGAAGAGGUGGUGGUCUUACGGGAAAGUGACUUCAGCUGUUCUCAAGGAGUUAGUCUUCCUUUGAGUCAGAAUUUGUGGCCCGCCAUUUUCAUAGAUUUAAGCCAAAAGAGUAAUGCGUGAAAAUGUACCAAUGACUGUGAAGCUUCAGGAUUCAGUUAUGCAUUCUUUUCUAAGGGAAAGCUGGGUCUUUAAUUCAGAUGCUGAAUUGGUGACAUGAAAACAGAAAAUGCUAUUUUCUUAAUAUUUAAAAGAAGAAUGUCUUAUGUCAUGAAACUGACGUUGUUCCAAAGUUCCCGUGGUGAUUUUGCACUAUUGUUUUCUUGUAUGGACCAUGGUGUCGCUUGUAGCAUGUCAAUCACACAUUGGAAAGUCAAGUCCUUUUACUUCCAUGUUCUAUGUCAACAAAGAGAAAUGUCAUGUACAUAAUGUAUAUUGUUGUAAAUACUGGUUUCACACUAAGUAAUUCUAUUUUGUAAACUGAAUAUGGCUAUUUAAUUUAUUGUGAAAAUUAAAUUUAUUGUGGUAUUUAAAAAUGGAAUGGAUUAAAAUUACUCUACGUGCAACCUUUUUUUUUUUUUACUCAUUUUGUUUUACAUGCCCCUUGCUGGCUCCCCAAAUCGAAGCUGUUUAUGUGCAUACGAGAGCACUCGGAAAGAUGUGCUUCUCCAUUGGAUCUCUGUACCCUUGUGAAACUCUAUUUAUGAAGUAAGGUUGAGUAUAUUAAGAAAAAAAAUCUCAACCAUCUGGAAAUCGAGAGUAAUAGCCACCUCAAAGAGCACUAGGGCUGUUCUGCUACAACUUUGUAACAAUUAAUUUUCUUGCUGUGCCGGGAGAGAGACAAGAAAUACUUUAACAUAAUCAAGGCAUAGAAGAAUCGCAGUUUUAUUUGAACUUCUAAUCCGAGUCAGACCAGUAGAGAAAUUAAAUAAAGUAAGAUUAGAAAACUUGUGUGGCCUCUGUCCUGAAAGCUGCUGAUCCUUCAAAAAUGAAUACAAACGCUCAGAACUCCCUCUUUGAGAUGAAAUACAUCAGUCUGCUCAAAAAUGAUCAAAAUGCAUAGUGUUGCCAUUACUAACAUAAACAUAUGGCUCAUAUGUCCAUCUAGAGAAAUUAAUGCUAAAUUCGGUGCUUGCUAACAUCAGAUACAUUGUAUUAUGCUUAAAUAUAAUUCAGAAAACCAUGGAAAGAAGUAUCAACCAAAAGAAAGUCGGGUUUUUCACAAUCACGGUUGCUUAUCCAGUGGAGGAUGUUGGAGGGAGUUUUGUUCAACAUCACAUUGAGAGUGCUGAGAGAAAUCAGCAAAUUACAGUGGAUUCCCUUUUGACUGUAAUAAGUGUUGAUUUUCUCCAUGAGUUGUUUAUCCUGUCCAGUGAUUUGAUGGUGAACUUUUCUAAUAAAUAGCCCUUUCCCCUC